ACAGACACCCCAGAACACCCCGAGCGCAGGGCGGCACCCCCGAGGGGGCGGGAGGCGGAGCCUGCUCCCGGCUCCGCCCACGCGCCUUGGCGCAGGCGUUGAGCUCUGCUCUCUGGGCCUCAGUUUCCCCAUCUCUGAAGAACAGAGGUGAGGGAGAACAUCUGAAGAGGGAAGGGCGUCCAUGAGGCUGGCCGGAGGGCAGGAGACCCCGCCGGAAACCCCCGUCCCCCACUCGCCGCUUCUGAGCGCCGGGAGACCCCGCCGGCCGCCCCGGGGGUGGGGCCGGGCCGCCACGUGACCUCAUUGCUAGGACACCCGCGGUAACAAUCAAGCCCGCGUCCCCGCUUCUCACCCCGACCUCCCCGCCCUUCAUACACCCCAACCCCCGUCCCAAGCCCUGGGCAGGGCCUCCCCGCCCCUCCGGGGCCCCAGACACCCACGGAGACACUCCAGCUUCGGGGCGCUCUGUGAGCGAAGGACAAGCCAGGCCCGUCUGCUCCUGGAAGCGAGCGCGGCGGGGGCGAUGAACGAGGUGAAGGAGGCCCUCCGCGGCAUCGAGCAGAAGUACAAGCUCUUCCAGCAGCAGCAGUUCACCUUUAUCGCGGCGCUGGAGCACUGCAGGGAGAGCGCCCACGACAAGAUCCGGCCCAUCAGCAGCAUCGAGCAGGUGCAGAGCUACAUGGAGCAUUACUGCAACAACUCCACAGACCGGCGCAUCCUGCUCAUGUUCCUGGACACCUGCGCGGAGCUCAGCAAGCUCUGCCAGCGCUUCGAGGCCCUGCACUCCGGCACGCCUGUCACCAACAACCUGCUCGAGAAGUGCAAAACCCUUGUGAGCCAAAGCAACGACCUCAGCAGCCUGCGAGCAAAAUAUCCUCACGACGUGGUGAACCACCUCAGCUGUGACGAGGCCAGGAACCACUACGGCGGCGUGGUCAGCCUCAUCCCCAUCAUCCUCGACCUGAUGAAGGAAUGGGUCGCCCACUCGGAGAAGCUGCCCCGGAAAGCACUGCAGCACGUGAGUGAGCCCGGGGAGCGCCAGGAAGCCACCGUGGCCGCCGCUGGUCCUCCCCAGACCGCAGGCGCCCGGCCGGGGUCACGGAAACCCUGGUGCAGGCGACUUAGAAAAGACAGUCUCAAACCCAAGGGCAAGGACAAGGGAAGUUCAAAACCUCCCUGGAGACCACCUGGUGGGAAGCUGUAACUCAAAGCCAGUGACCUGCUUGCCACCCGGUCCCAUCCCCUGGGGUGCUUUGUUACUUAGUUUCCACGGGUCAAUCCACUGUCGUUGGCACCCACGGCUCCUGUCACUCAUUAACCGCAAAGGGGACGCCCCCGACAUAUCCCUGACGACCUCUCUUCCCGUCCUGCUUUAACUUCUAACUCCUCCUCGCCCCUGAGCAUCAGACCCCGCCCGUGACGAUGGGCCACUCCCGGUGUGCUUGGUAGAGGGUGUCCGCGGGAGGCUCCGCCAGUCCCCCACACCAGGCAGGCCCAGGUCCCCAGGCCGGCCACCAGGCUGCAGGAGGCCACCACAGGCAAGACGUGUCCCUCUGUGAGACAGGGCUGCUCCCACCUCCCAGGCUGCCGCGGCUCAGCUCACUGCCCAUCUACAGUGUGACCAGGUCCCCGGACCAAAGCCCGCAGGGGAACGAGCCCACCUUUCCUCUCCUCUACCUGGGAGACGGAGACUGAGAGACGCUGGAAGAAUCUGACUUUGUGGCUCCUGCACAGGACCAUUGUCUGGCUCUCACGACACGAGUGAGGCCCAUGACUGUAAGAUGGGCCACCGGCCCUUGCGCGUGGCGACAUGCUGACUGUCGGCUUUUCCCUUCACAGGGGGCGACUUAGCUUCUGUGUUCUUGCUUCCUCGGGGGUGACAGUCAAGAAUAAAAGUGUUCUGCCAUCUCUCUGCCUGGCGUGGUUUCCUGGGACUCAGCCCUCAAGGAAAAGCACGUUUAUGCUGAGACAUCACAGGACACUGGGCAGUAGCCUCACGAGUGGGACCACAGAGCAGCCCCUGCAGUGUGCCCAGCUCCAGAAAGCCGGCUCCGAGCGGGUUCUGCCAGAGGCCCGCAGAGCGGCACGGUGGCCCUCGGGUAUCUGAGACCUGGUCAGACAAGAAUGCCCGGGUGUUCUGGACAAAAUUCAAAGCUGCCACCUGAGUCUUUGUCUCAAAGGAGCUGCUUCCACCCUUAAAAUGGGCCAAGGAGCCCGAUUUCCAGGGAGCGACCGGGCACAGGCAAGCAAUUAAAAGCCGCGUUGUAAACAGAGCUGUUCCGCCCUGGUUCCCCGCCCCCCAGCGCGUCCCCAGCAAGGGAUGGUGAGGCCAAGAAGUCUAACAGCCAUUUACAGGGGGAUUCCUGCCUUUGGCCUGACAGCACAUGGAAGGUGCUGGGUGCAAGCUGCACUUUUCCCGGACACACUCACAAAACACAACCAGCAGGGCUCAGGGUUAGUCAGCUCCCAACAAGGUCAGGGUCACUUGGGCUCCGCCAAAGGGCUGCAUAAAGCCCAACGUGCCGGCCGACCCCUCGGAAGACAAGCACACGCCGAAAGAAAGGCGGGACAGCCCUGCAGACCCGCAGGCCGCCACCAUCUGUUUUCUGGUAGCGAUGACUCAAGUCAACCCCCACCCCACACACACACAGCACCGGGCCUCUCUUCGGGAAGAGAGCAUGAAUUUGAGGCACAUAAAUUUGGAGAUUUGUGACCAUUUGUCAGAUGUUCUGCCAGAACAAAAAAGAUCUUAAGAGACUAAAGCCAGAUCUGGAAACUUGUCAGCCCCCUCCACCCGCCGCCCAAGGUCACCAACCCACACAGACCCCGAGGUUUCUGCACCUCGGACUAGUCCCCACUUUGCCUGUAAGCCCUGCAGAGGCCAACACGAGUCACUUCAGAGCGACACGGCGAAGUAGUGCAAAACGAUAAAUUUUUAUUUGUUCACAGUUAAACACAAGCAACUGCCUUGACAUUCUGGAACAUUCUAAGGACAGCAAACCCUUUUGAUUCCACUUCCCACUAAGAUUGUACCAUUUUCCCUCGCAGUUCACGUUUACGGCAUCUGAUGUGGAUUGUUUGACAUGCUUUUAAGAUCGAGGUG